AUGGCAAUGAGCAACAUCCUGAAUGCUGAUGACAUUAAGAAAGCUCUUGAUGCAUUCAAAGCUGCUGACUCAUUCGACCAUAAGAAGUUUUUUGACAUGGUGGGGCUGAAGGCAAAAUCGGCCGAUGAUGUGAAGAAGGCCUUCCAUGUACUGGACGCUGACAACAGUGGAUUUAUAGAGGAAGAGGAGCUAAAAUUCGUGUUGAAGGGCUUUGCUACUAAUGGAAGAGAUCUGACUGAUAAAGAAACCAAAGCCUUCUUAGAGGCAGCUGAUAAAGAUGGAGAUGGCAAGAUUGGAGUGGAAGAGUUUGUUGCUCUUGUCCAUGAGUAAACAACACUGGUCAGGCCAUCCUAUGCCCAAAUGACGCACACACUCCCAGCACAUACACACACACACCCUGUACAUUUUCACCCAUCUCCUACAAUCAUUUAUUGUUUCCUUUUUUAUACAAAUGUGUGUGUGUUAGUGUACAGGUGAAGAGGUGCAAACCUUCAUCUUGGAAGUAUGUGCAGUAGAUACUUUAAAAGGAAUAGCCCACCCCUUCAUCUGUAUUAUUGUGCAUUGCAUUUUCUUUCUGUCUUUGCCUUCUCCCUUUAUGAUUUGAUUGAUUGUUCUUUCCUCCACUCCCUGGCAUUGCUUUACCUUUGUCCUGUCUCCAGCUCUCCCUCUCGGUACACAACUAUUGUGGAAUACACCAAAUGG